AUUUUUCAGGUCACAACGUGGUCAAAAGGCCUUAGAAUCAGCACAGUAUAAGUGGACACUAGCAGAGCACAAGUCUUGAUGAGAGCCAAAAUAGGAACCAAAUGCACAAUUGAUCAGGAUUAGCAAACUGCUGAAUGCCCAUGACUCUUGAUUGAAACCCCCUCCCAGAAAAUUGUUUGAUCACUAGCAUUCAUAAAAGUUACUCCAAAUCUCUGUAGAGAUCACCCUCAGAGAGAGAGAGAUACGAAAACGCCGAGCACAGAACAUAUGGGGUGGUGGCCACCGGAUAUCCCGACCACCACGACAGAUGGCUGAGACCGGCCGUCAUGGUGGUGCCCAAACUGCAUUCCAGGUUCUUAACAGAAUCCAUCUCUCUCAACAGAUAACAGAAAGCGUCUGCAUAAAUAGAGAUCAAGACGAGGGAAAGAAAGUUCAAGAAUAGUCACAGGAAAAGACAGAGGAAGGAAUGGAUAACUGGGGACCGGAGGACGAUCAGUUCUUCAGCACGUCGAGUUCGAGGAGGGACGAAGAGGACGCGCUGCAAUGGGCGGCAAUAGAGAAGCUCCCCACGUACAAGAGGCUGAGGACGAGCAUUCUGCAGUCGACCCCGGAGGAGGAUGGCACUGUCGAUGACAUCGAGCAGGGCAUGGGCAAGACAACGCAAAAGGAGGUUGACGUCCGGAAGUUGAACAAGGAGGAGAGGCACGAGUUCAUCGAGAAGCACUUCAAGGUUGCCGAUGUAGAUAACGCCAAGUUCUUGACCAAGCUCAGAGCUCGCAUCGAUAGGGUAGGGAUUCAACUCCCUACAAUAGAAGUCAGAUUUGAACAAUUACGAGUAGAAGCAGAUUGCUAUGUCGGGUCCAGAGCUCUUCCGACACUGUUGAACGAAGCGCGUAACGUUGUCGAAUCAGCGCUUCGCCUGUUUGGUAUUAAGCUUGCUAAGAAAGUGAAAUUGACAAUCCUUAAGGAUGUUUCCGGAAUCAUUAGGCCAUCCAGGAUGACUCUUCUUCUAGGACCACCUUCAUCUGGGAAGACAACUCUAUUGUUGGCACUAGCAGGAAAGUUGGACUCAAGUCUAAAGGUGAAAGGACAAGUCUCAUACAACGGCUAUAGAUUGAAGGAGUUUGUGCCGCAAAAGACAUCAGCAUACAUCAGCCAAAACGAUGUGCAUUUGGGCGAUCUUACUGUCAAGGAGACAUUUGAUUAUUCAGCGAGAUUCCAAGGAAGCGGUCCUCGUUAUGAUUUACUAGCUGAGCUCUCAAGAAGAGAGAAGGAUGCCGGAAUACGCCCAGAGUCCGAUGUUGAUCUAUUCAUGAAGGCAACUGCUGUUGGAUCCAAGACAAAUCUCAUUACCGAUUAUACGCUCAAGCUUCUAGGACUUGACAUAUGCAAGGACACCGUCGUUGGAGAUGAAAUGAAACGAGGAGUUUCAGGUGGACAGAAAAAGCGAGUGACAACAGGUGAGAUGAUGGUGGGACCAACGAAAACUCUUCUUAUGGAUGAGAUAUCCACUGGUCUGGAUAGCUCAACAACAUUUCAAAUUGUGAGGUGCAUGCAACAGAUCGCACAUUUAGUCGAUUCAACCAUAUUCAUGUCCCUCCUCCAGCCAGAUCCUGAGACGUUCGAGCUGUUUGAUGAUAUCAUCCUCUUAUCAGAAGGCCGUAUCAUUUAUCAGGGUCCUCGGGAGUAUGUAGUGGAGUUCUUCGAGAGCUGCGGAUUUCAGUGUCCUGAGAGGAAGGGUGUCGCUGACUUUCUGCAAGAGGUUACAUCCAAGAAGGACCAAGAGCAAUUUUGGGCAGAUAAGAACAAGCCCUACCAAUUCAUUUCGGUUGCAGAGUUUUCUGACAGGUUUAAAGCCUUUCAUGUGGGUCAGCGGCUAGAAAGGGAACUCCGAACUCCUUAUGACAAAAGCAAAAGCCACAGAGGUGCUCUGACCUUUACGCGACAGUCAACUCCCAAAAUGGUUCUCCUAAAAGCAUCUAUCGAUAGAGAAUGGCUUCUGAUCAAAAGAACCAGGGGCGUUUACAUUUUCAGGACUUCUCAGAUUAUCAUAGUCGGGUUUGUGGCAGCGACUGUUUUCUUGAGAACGAGGCUCCAUAGGACGUUUGAUGAUGCGACUGUUUACAUCGGAGGAAUUAUUUUUGCCAUGGUUAUCAAUAUGUUCAAUGGCAAUGUUGAGCUAUCUCUCACUCUUAUGAGGCUUCCAGUAUUUUAUAAGCAAAGGGAUUUUCUAUUUUAUCCUGCGUGGGUGUUCACCGUCCCGAACUUCUUGCUUCGUGUGCCCAUCUCAGUUUGGGAAGCCACAGUCUGGACACUCAUGACUUACUAUCCCAUUGGAUAUGACCCGGGAGCUAGCAGGUUUUUCAAACACCUGCUCGUGGUAUUUUUGAUCCAACAAAUGGCUGCUGGGUUGUUCCGGUUCUUGGCUGGUGCUUGUAGGACUAUGAUGAUUGCCCAGACCGGCGGUUCUCUUGCUCUACUCCUUCUGUUCCUGCUUGGAGGUUUCAUUCUCCCAAAACGCCAAAUACCAGUAUGGUGGUCUUGGGCUAACUGGGUCUCGCCUCUAUCGUAUGCAUUCAAAGCCCUGACCAUCAAUGAGAUGCGGGCUCCGAGGUGGAUGAACAAAUUGGGACCGGAUAACAGUAAAUUGGGUGAGGCAGCGUUGGAGGUAUUCGACAUCAACUACAAGAGCUACUGGUUUUGGAUUGGAACUGGAGCACUUUUUGGAUUCAUUAUCCUCUUCAAUAUCCUAUUUACCAUUGCCCUUAAGUAUCUAAACCCCUUUGGAAAGCCACAAGCUGUUGUUUCUGAUGAGGACGAGCAAUCAAACGGGGAAGUCUCCCCAGGAAUAGAACAAAGUAAAGCAAGAGGAUUAGCGACGAGAAGUAGCAUGGGGGAAAUGUCCACUCGACAAAAUAGCAAGUCCAAUCUUCUUGGUGGACCUGCCAUUCCGGUGGCCGAUGGCGCAGCCCCAAAGAGAGGAAUGAUACUCCCAUUUCGACCUCUAUCAAUGUCCUUCGACUGUGUCAAUUACUACGUUGACAUGCCCCCGGAAAUAAGAAGUCACGGAGUGACCGAGAACAAGCUCCAAUUGCUCCGAGAAGUGGCAGGAACAUUCAGGCCCGGUGUCCUAACUGCUUUGAUGGGUGUUAGUGGUGCUGGAAAGACGACACUAAUGGACGUUCUCGCGGGGAGGAAAACUGGGGGUUAUAUAGAAGGUGAUAUAAGAAUAUCCGGGUUCCCCAAGAAGCAAGAAACGUUUGCGAGAAUUUCAGGCUAUUGCGAGCAGACGGAUAUUCACUCCCCUCAGAUCACUAUUAGAGAGUCCUUAAUCUACUCGGCCUUCUUGAGACUCCCUAAAGAAGUAGACGAUGAGGCAAAGUUGAUUUUCGUCGACGAAGUGAUGGAACUCGUUGAGCUUGGUAGUAUCAAGAAUGCCAUAGUUGGGCUUCCAGGGGUCUCUGGGUUGUCGACAGAACAGAGAAAGAGGUUGACUAUAGCAGUAGAACUCGUUGCUAACCCUUCGAUCAUUUUCAUGGACGAGCCGACUUCGGGUCUUGAUGCCAGGGCAGCAGCCAUUGUCAUGAGGACCGUGAGGAACACGGUGGACACGGGACGAACCGUCGUGUGCACAAUUCAUCAGCCAAGCAUCGAUAUAUUCGAAGCAUUUGAUGAGCUGUUGUUGCUGAAAAGAGGAGGGCAAGUUAUUUACUCCGGACCACUUGGUCCGCGUUCCUGCAAGCUCGUAGAGUAUUUCGAGGCAAUCCCCGGAGUCUCUAAAAUACGAGAGGAGCAGAAUCCCGCGGGAUGGAUGCUGGACGUGAGCUCAGUUGGGAACGAGGUCCAGCUCAAGAUGGACUUUGCCGAAUACUAUAAAUCAUCAGCGUUGUCUAAGCAAAAUAAGGAUCUCGUGGAUGAGCUGCGCACGCCGCCGGCAGGUGCGAGCGACUUGUACUUUCCCAACCAGUACUCGCAGUCGACGUGGGGGCAAUUCAAAUCUUGCUUGUGGAAGCAAUGGUGGAUCUACUGGAGGAGCCCCGACUACAACCUUGUACGAAUCCUAUUCACCUUGUUGGUCGCGCUUGUGCUCGGUUCGAUUUUCUGGCGAAUCGGAAAAACCAGGGAUGAGGUUCAUGAUCUGACCACGGUCAUCGGAGCCAUGUACGUUUCCGUCUUGUUCGUGGGGAUUAACAAUUGCUCAACCGUUCAACCGAUAGUUUCCAGAGAGAGGUCCGUGUUCUACCGAGAAAGAGCCGCCGGCAUGUAUGCCGCUCUGCCGUAUGCAGUGGCCCAGGUGAUCGUGGAAAUCCCGUACGUGUUGCUUCAAUCGGCAUGUUACUCCGUGAUCAUAUACGGCAUGAUGAGCUUCCAGUGGACUACGGCCAAGUUCUUCUGGUUCUUCUUCAUCACCUUCAUCUCCCUUCUCUACUUCACGUACUAUGGCAUGAUGACGGUCGCGCUCACCCCGAACCUUCAAGCGGCAGCUAUCUUCGCGUCGGCUUUCUUCGGCUUCUUCACUCUAUUCUCGGGAUUCUUCAUACCUAAACCUAAAAUACCCAUCUGGUGGAAGUGGUACUACUACAUCUGUCCCUUGGCAUGGACGGUGUACGCGCUGAUCGUGACGCAGUACGGGGACAUGGACGACCCGAUCAAAUUGCCCGGGACGUCUCCGGAUCCGAGCAUCAAGCAGUACCUCGAGGACCAUUUCGGCUACAACCUCCACUUCAUGGGGCCAACUUCAGCAAUUCUGGUCGUCUUUGCCGCGCUUUUCGCGCUCCUCUUCGCAUUCUGCAUCACCCGCCUGAACUUCCAAAGAAGCAGCUUUCUGAAGAAUUCGAGCAUCUGCAAGUCGUGUAGCACCUCCGAUGAGGCGCAGAGGAACCCCGUCGCCUUCGUGCGAGUGCGAUCGAAGCCGACCGGGCGGUGUCGAGCGGCGAGCGACGGGAACGGCCGCGCCGUGGUGGACGGCGCAUUGAGCGAAGACGGCUCCUCCUCUUCUUCUUCGUCGUCGUCGGCGUCGUCCGUUGUGGAGCUGGACUCGAAGUCCGUCGUCGGCGUCGGCGGCGGCGGCCCCGACGUGUACGGUGAAGACAGGGCCAGCGAGGACCAGCUCGUCACGCCUUGGGCCGUCUCGGUUGCCAGUGGGUAUACUUUGCUUCGAGAUCCACACCACAACAAAGCACUUGCCUUUUCUGAAAGAGAGAGAGAUGCGCACUACUUACGCGGUCUUCUCCCCCCAAUAGUUGUUUCUCAAGAUCUUCAGGUGAAGAAGAUAAUGCACAACCUCCGCCAGUACCAAGUCCCACUGCAAAAGUACAUGGCAAUGAUGGAUCUUCAAGAGACAAGUGAGAGGCUGUUCUACAAGCUUCUUAUUGACCAUGUUGAGGAGCUUCUUCCUGUUGUCUACACACCAACUGUGGGUGAAGCUUGCCAAAAAUAUGGGAGCAUUUUCAGACGACCUCAGGGUCUCUUUAUCAGUUUGAAAGAAAAGGGCAAGAUUCUUGAGGUCUUAAAGAACUGGCCACAGAGAAACAUUCAAGUUAUUGUCGUGACGGAUGGUGAACGGAUCUUAGGACUUGGAGAUCUUGGUUGUCAAGGAAUGGGGAUACCAGUAGGGAAGCUUUCCUUGUACACUGCUCUUGGCGGAGUCCGUCCUUCUGCAUGCUUGCCUGUAACUAUUGAUGUGGGGACUAAUAAUGAGAACCUACUGAAGGAUGAGUUCUACAUUGGACUCAGACGGAGGAGGGCAACUGGGGAGGAAUAUGCUGAACUUUUACAUGAAUUUAUGACUGCAGUCAAGCAGAUUUAUGGGGAGAAAGUACUCAUUCAGUUCGAAGAUUUUGCAAACCACAAUGCUUUUGAGCUGCUUGAGAAGUAUGGGACGACUCAUCUUGUCUUCAAUGAUGAUAUUCAGGGAACAGCAUCUGUGGUCCUUGCAGGGCUUAUUGCAGCAUUAAAGUUUGUCGGUGGAACCUUGGCAGAUCAACGUUUUUUAUUCCUUGGUGCUGGGGAGGCUGGCACUGGUAUAGCUGAACUUAUGGCCCUCGAAGUGUCAAAACAGACAAAUGUUCCAGUGGAGGAAGCUCGUAAGAAAAUUUGGCUAGUCGAUUCGAAGGGUCUGAUAGUUAAUUCGCGCUGGGAAUCACUCCAGCAUUUCAAGAAGCCUUGGGCUCAUGAACAUGAGCCUAUUAAUGAACUUGUGGAUGCAGUAAAGGUAAUCAAACCAACGGUGCUUAUUGGAACAUCAGGUGUGGGAAGGACAUUUACGGAAGAUGUGGUCAAGGCUAUGGCUGCUCUGAAUGACAGACCCAUCAUUCUUUCUCUUUCCAACCCAACUUCACAAUCUGAAUGUACAGCAGAAGAAGCUUAUAAAUGGAGUCAGGGCCGCGCUAUAUUUGCAAGUGGGAGCCCAUUUCCUCCUGUUGAAUACAAGGGGAAGACUCUUGUGCCUGGCCAGGCCAAUAACGCAUACAUUUUCCCAGGACUUGGUCUAGGCUUGAUAAUGUCCGGUGCAAUCCGUGUUCACAAUGAGAUGCUUUUGGCUGCCUCGGAAGCCCUGGCUGCACAAGUGACUCGGGAAAACUUUGACAAGGGACUCAUAUAUCCGCCUUUUACUGACAUAAGAAAGAUUUCAGCCCAAAUAGCUGCAGAUGUCGCGGCAAAAGCUUAUGAGCUUGGCUUGGCUACUCGCCUCCCUCAGCCGAAAGACCUGGUGAAGUACGCUGAGAGCUGUAUGUACAGCCCCACCUACCGUAGCUACCGGUAAAACGAGGGCAAGUACUGUAUACGUCUCAGACCAUGGAGUUCUCUUCAACUGUGCUGUUGUCAUCUGUUGUUUUGUUUCAUAUGUUGUGUCCUUGUCCUUCCUCCUCGUUCUCUCUUUAUCAUCUGUGGAGAUUCAGCUACCAGUUGGUGAAGACAAUAUAAUAAACAAAAGGGUGGCAAGGAGAAAGCUCAUAAAAACAAAAGCAUGUUGCAAUUGUAGAAAUAUCUGCAUUGAUAUAGUCAAUUAGAAUGCAA